AGCUUGUGUUUAGGUUAUGUUUUGUUCUGGUCCCAUUUAGAAACAUUUCUUUGGUUUUAAAUUUUAACGAUGGCUACAGGGGAUGUCGAAGAUUUUAUUGAACAAAAUAGGCAGGUAGCAGACCGUGUUGAAACAUUUCGCACUAUUUCGGAAAGCGACAAACACUGGAAAUCUAGAAGAGAGUUCAUUUUUAGAAACAUGAACGACUAUGAAGACCCCCAACUAGACCACCUUCUCGCCCUGUCUAUGGUAUGGGCAAACAACGUCUUCCUCGGUUGCCGAUAUAGUCCAGACCUCCUGAAGAAAGUGAAAGAAAUGGCAGAGGGAAUUGUAGUUGAGGAUGCGCCUGUUUUUAAAACCAGAGACGAAAUAGUUAAACAACAGGGACGAUAGCCGAAGAUCUGCGGAGAGAAGACGUCAGGAUGUCCGGGGUUUUCCCAUUUUUUAAAAAUUCGUCUCAAAUUUGGGCAGAAUGCCUGGGAUUGCUUUUGAAGUUCCCAAUUUUAAAGCAUCUUUUAAGCAUCUUUUUUACUUCUUGAUUUGUCAUACUGUAAAUCUUUCGUCUUUUACAAUGUUUUUGUACCAGUUCAAGCCAGCCCAGGAAGGGCAAUAUUAUAGCUUGGUAACAUUUUGUACGCUUUUAACAAGUUAUCUAUAAAUUUAAAGUAAAAGCCAUGUUGUAUUCUAUGAAUUAUCCAUCUAGUAAUUAGCAGUCUUUUGUUGCAUACUGCUAUUGAGUUUUGCAGUGAUACAAUAGUGUUUUGCAAACUUAGCUAGCACCACAUGAGGAAAAUUCCUCAAAAAGCACAAAAGC